GGCAGCUGGUUCCAAUCAGAGAGCAGGGAGGGGGAGGCAGCUGAUGGAGGCACCGUGACAGUACCCCCCACCUCAACGACCGCCUCCAGGGGGUCCAGGGCGGCGAUCCGGGUGGGCCAGGUAGAAGUCCUCGAUUAGAGUACGGUCCAGAAUAAAGGAGUGGGAGAUCCAUGAGCACUCCUCUGGACCGUAACCCUCCCAGUCCACGAGGAACUGAAAACCACGGCCCCGGCGAUGAACAUCCAGCACCCGACUGGCCGUGUACGCAGGAGCGCCAUCAACGCGGAUUGAGCCUCAGGAUUCCAAAUAAAAGGUCUAUUAACAGAGGUGAGUUGAGUCAAAGGGGCAGCAAUAGUGCUAUAAUUUCUAAUAAACGUAGAAUUCGGUAGAAAUUAGCGAAGCCGAGAAAGCGUUGGAGUUCUUUCCUAGAAUUAGGUGGUUCCCAAGUAGUGACGGCAGUGAUCUUGGCAGGAUCAGGAAGAAUGUUACCUGCUUCUAUGAUGAAGCCGAGGAAAGAAAUCGUGGGUACAUGAAAUUCGCAUUUUUCCGCUUUGACGUAUAAUUGGCUCUCCAGUAAGCGUGAGAGAACCUGCCGGACAUGGUGGAUAUGCUGAUCUUGAUCCCAAGAGUAAAUAAGGAUAUCGUCUAGGUAGACGAACACAAAAAAAGUCUCGACAGAUGAUUUCACACUGAGCCCCAACUACUGCCUUUUCAAGAAGGUGAAGACAUUGAGAACUAUUUACUGCGCUUUGAGUGCAUUGCAAAAACUUGGAGAUGGCCAGAGGUUGAGUGGGCCUGCAGACUGAUCCCACUGCUAUCAGGAAAGGCAUUGGAGGCCUACACAGCUAUGGAUGAGGAAAAAGCAGACUCAUACACUGACCUCAAAGCUGCUUUGUUGGAAAAAUUUGACAUUUCACCUGAAACCCACAGGCAGCAGUUCCGAGCGGUUUCCCUGCCAGCAGGUGAAACGCCUACAGAGACAUACCACCGUCUCAAAGGACUUUAUUGUCGAUGGAUACGACCGGAGCAGCAUUUAAAGGAGGAAAUUGGUGAGAAAAUCAUCCUGGAGCAGCUUCUGCGAGUGUUCCCUCCUGAUGUCCGGACCUGGGUGAAGGAACAUGAGCCGACGGAUGGGCUGACAGCUGCCAAGCUUGCUCUUCAGUACCUGAAUGCACGAAAAGGAUCUCUGCCUCCUCGAGGGACCAGCAGUGCACCUCGUUCAGGACAACCAGCAUCACUUGUUCGUUUGACAAGGGGAGAUAGCCAGCCGGAACGUCCAGGUACCACAGCCAGUCGCCGAGACCAGCAGGACUCUGGUAAGACUUUUACUUGCUAUUACUGUCAGCAGCCGGGCCACAAGGCUUCAGUGUGUCCCCUACGCAAGACUAAGGUAACUGGUUCCUGCUACGCUCCACGUGAUAAAGAUGAACAUGUAAAAAAAGAACUGCAACAGAAAACUCACAAAACUGUGACUGUGAAUGGACAAAAAGUGACUGCUUUAUUAGACACUGGUAGUUUCACAUCUCUUGUAAAGAAAAGUGUUGUUCCUAUCAGUAGUGUGGACCUUAAUAACAAAACAGACAUUCUGUGUGUUCAUGGUGACAAACAUACAUAUCCAAAUGCAGAGGUAACAGUUGUUAUUGAUGACCAACCCUAUUUAAUAACUGUUGGAGUAGUUGAUCAUUUACCAGUUGACAUUCUUUUGGAUAGGGGUUUUCCUAUGUUAAUGGGUUUGCUACAAAGUGAAGAGUAUAUUCAUGAAACUGAUGUUUCAGCUCCAGUAAUUACACGAUCUAAAGCUAAAAUGGGGGUUCAACCACUGCCAGACUUGGACAGUAGUAUGUGUCAGAAUGCCACCCAGAAGGUCAAAAAAACAACGUCGUUUUGAGAAGCAUUCAAAUAUCACAGGUUCGGAUACUGAUGACUUGUUGAUUAGCAAAAUAUGGGAAGUGCCAGCUAACAUUGGUGAGUUGCAAAAAAAUGAUGAGACACUGAAAAAUCUGUUUUCGAAGGUUACAGAUGAGACAAAUGCAUUACAAAUGUGAAAAGAGUACUUUAUUGUUGACAGUAAUAUGCUCUAUGUUCUCUGUGAUGGGAAAAUACGGAUUGUAAUCCCAAAAAACUGCAGACCACUGAUAAUGCACUUGGCACACACCAUCCCUUGGGCUGGACACCUUGGUCGACACAAAACCUACAUGCGUGUUAGUUCUCGUUUCUAUUGGCCUAGUGUGUACUCUGAUGUACAACAGUUCUGUGCUACCUGUCCCAUCUGUCAAAAAACUGUUAUAUCUCAUAAGUCUGACAGGGCUCUCCUGCAACCACUCCCCAUUAUAUCAACUCCAUUCCGAAGGUUGGCGAUGGACAUCGUUGGACCACUGGUGAAGAGCAGCCAAGGGCACCAAUACAUCUUGGUCGUCUGCGAUUAUGCAACACGCUUCCCUGAGGCUUUCCCCCUACGCAGUAUCACCACAUCAUCUGUAAUGCAAUGUUUGGUCCAAUUGUUCUCUAGAACAGGGAUUCCUGAUGAAAUCCUAACUGAUCAAGGGACAAACUUCACAUCAAGGUUAAUGCAGCUCUUCCACAACAGCUAGGCAUCACCUCUAUCAAAACCACACCAUACCAUCCACAAACUGACGGUCUUGUUGAAAGAUUUAAGCAGACAUUGGAAAGAAUACUACAAAAAUUUGUUGAUGAUACUGGCAGAGACUGCCACCGUUGGUUACCUUUCCUUCUUUUUGCAUAUCAGGAGGUUCCACAAGCUUCUACCGGAUUCUCAGCUUUCAAGCUGCUGUAUGGGUGGGACGUCCAAGGACCACUCGACUUACUUCAAAAGUCUUGGGAGGACUCUGCUUUCAAAACCAAGGAAGGAGUGUCGUGCAGUGCAUACUGGAGAUGAAGGAGGGACUGCAAAACUACAGAGACGAAGCUGAGCUGCAUUUGCAAAAAGCUCAGAAAAUGCAGAAAACCUAGUAUGACCUACAUGCACGCAAUCGUGAGUACCAACCGGGUCAGAAAGUUCUUCUUCUGCUACCGUCUUCUACCAGUAAAAUACUAACCAAAUGGCAAGGACCAUACACGGUGACCAGAAAAAUAAGUCCAGUCACAUAAGACAUAGAACAUCCUGAAAGGAAGAAGAAAAAGCAAAUUUAUCAUGUGAACCUUUUUAAAGAAUGUAAAGAGCAAGUGACUCAGCCAGUGAAAGCUACACUUGUAGUAGGACAACCAGAGAAGGAGGCUGUAAAUGAGGAAGUGCUGAAAGAAACUUUGACACGAUUAGAACAUCUUACUCGUGAGCAAAUUACACAACUCUCCCAGGUUUUCCAGGAGGUGCCUUCCCUGUUCAGCAACAACCCAGGAAGAACAACGCUCGCAGAGCACAUUAUCAGGCUGAAGGAGGCAAAACCUGUUCGCCAGCAGCCUUACAGAGUUCCUCAGCAGCUGAUUGGAAAACUUCAUGAAGAGGUGGACGCCAUGUUAUCUUCAGGGGUUAUUGAACCAUCUAACUCAGAAUGUUGCAGCCCAGUGGUAAUCGUUACGAAGAAAGAUGGCUCAUUGAGGAUCUGCAUUGACUUCCGCAAACUUAAUUCUGUUUCAGAGUUUGACGCUUACCCCAUGCCGAGGAUUGAUGACUUGUUGGAGAAGAUCGGGUCUGCCGCAUACAUUAUGACACUGGACAUGUGCAAGGGAUACUUGCAGGUACCAUUAGCAGCAUCCAGUAGACCUUACACUGCUUUCUAAACACCCUCAGGUCUCUUCCAGUUCACUGUGAUGCCUUUUGGAUUGCAUGGAGCACCUGCAACAUUCCAAAGACUCAUGAAUAGGGUACUCCAGGGGUGUGAGGAGUUCAGUGCAGCAUACCUGGAUGAUGUUGUGAUCUUCAGUAGUACCUGGGAGGAACAUCUCCAACACCUGAAGAGGGUCCUGAGGAAACUCAAAGACUCGGGGCUGACCCUCAACAUCUCUAAAUGUGAGUGGGCAAAGCAAGAAACGCAGUACCUGGGAUACCAGCUUGGAAAAGGUGAGGUGCGACCACAGUCGGACAAGGUGGAAGCUGUCCGAAAUUGCCCUCUGCCUAAAACCAAGAAGGAGAUCCGGUCUUCUCUUGGGCUAGCUGGUUGGUACCGUCAGUUUGUGCCAGACUUUGCUUCAAUUGCAGCACUACUCACUGCAUUAACAGGCAAAGGCCAGAAAAAUCCACUUUGUUGGACUGAAGAAUGUGAGAGAGCCUUCAAUGCAUUAAAGCCUGUUCAUGCUCUACUCCAGUCCUCAGAAGCCCAGACUUCAACAAGCGAUUCCUGGUUCAGGUGGAUGCCUCUGCAGUGGGUCUUGGAGCUGUCUUGGCACAAGGGAAUCCAGGUCAAGAACGUCCUGUCCUGUACCUAAGUCGGAAACUGCUUCCAAGGGAAACAAGGUAUUCUGUAGUGGAGAAAGAAGCCCUUGCCAUCAAGUGGGGAUUGGAAUGUCUGCGGUAUUACCUUUCAGGAGGAGAGUUUGACCUAGAGACUGAUCACAGAGCCCUGACAUGGAUCAACUCUAUGAAGGACCGCAACAGUCGAAUCACCCGAUGGUACCUGUCCCUGCAACCAUUUAGGUUCGAUGUUCGUCAUCGAUCUGGCAAGAUGAACCUAUUGGCUGAUUAUCUUUCAAGGUUGCAAUACAAGGUUGCAAUACAGCGCCAACCAUGGAGAGGAGGGGGAUGAUGUGACGAAGUAGCGUCACCGUUGCAGGACAGCAACUUAACAUGUAGCUGUAGCUGCAGCUAAA